UGAGCCGCUAGCAGCGCACUCUACCAACCGACCGUCCAUUGUGAACAAGCUGAACGAUGCGUGCGCUCGACACCUUCGCCGCCGCCCUAUAGAGAUCCGUGGACCGAGCGCCAAACAUAGCGACUGGGACAGCCGGACCGUGUGAACGCUAAAUACGGAGACAAUAUUUGUUUUUAAACAAGUGUAAAACGUUGUCGUGUCGGUUUUUUAAUGCUUUAGUUAGCCACCGACAGAGCGCGAGCGAGAGGGAGAAAGAGAGCGAGUGUGUCUAGAGAGAGAGAGGGACAGGGAAGAAAUCCUACCGAGGAAAAAGGGGUUGCUCGUGUUUUGCACUUCGCCUAUUUUGGAUACCAAGAUAGCAAGUUGUGUAGCCAUGGGAUGUACAUUGAGCGCAGAGGAGCGAGCGGCUUUGGACAGAAGCAAAGCAAUCGAGAAAAACCUUAAAGAAGAUGGACUCACUGCUGCAAAAGACGUGAAACUCCUCCUGCUUGGGGCGGGGGAGUCAGGAAAGAGUACCAUCGUCAAACAGAUGAAGAUCAUCCACGAGGACGGUUUCUCGGGCGAUGAUGUGAAGCAGUACAAGCCCGUGGUCUACAGCAACACCAUCCAGUCCCUGGCCGCCAUCGUCCGUGCCAUGGACACCUUGGGCCUGGAGUACGGGAACAAGGAGUGCAAGGUCAGGAACACACACACUCUGCACAUCAACACACACACACUCUGAAUGUAAACACACAGGUAUGCCACACAGACACAUGGCGGGAUUGAAACAGAUCCCAUUCCAGAAGACCGUGGUUUCUGCUGCUGAUUGUGAUGGUGGUGGUGAUGAUGAUGGUGGUGAUGAUGAUGAUGAUGGUGAUGAUGA